GUCGGCAACGCGACUCUCGAAGUUCUCGUCGGUGAGUUCCAGUACGUCGGAGGCAGCGGCGAGGCGGGCGGCGGCGAGAAGCAGCGCCACGACCGGGAACAGCGCUAGGCGGCGGAGGCGCAUGGCGGCGAGACAUGGCCAGUUAUCAUCCAGAAGAGCAUAUGCAGUUGCCCCGAGCAGAUGCCAUUCGUUCACGUCUUAUUGAUACCUUCUCUCUCAUCGAGCAUUUACAAGGCUUGAGUCAAGCUGUUCCAAGGCACACUAUCCGAGAGUUAUUUGAUCCUUCUCGUCAGAAGAAACUUAUGUCGGGAGAUCAACACCAGCUCGUGCGCUUCUUCAUAAAGCCUCGUCACGUAGAGCGGAUUACUCAUGCGCGGAGACUGAUGAGCCGACUUCGGGUGCGCUGCAGUCAGAGGCCACCUCUUUCUCUGUGGGCCGGAUGGGUCCUUGAGCGUCCUCUCUUCACAAAUUUUAUCAUCUUCCUCAUCUUUCUGAAUACGAUCGUACUGAUGGUUGAAAUAGAAUUGCUGGAAUCCACAAAUGUCAAACUGUUGCCACUGAAGCUGACUCUGGAGGUGGCAGCUUGGUUCAUCUUGAUUGUUUUCCUCUUGGAGAUCCUUCUUAUGUGGACAUCCAGCUUUUUCCUCUUCUGGAAGAAUGCGUGGAAUGUCUUUGACUUUGUUGUUACUAUAUUGUCCCUGAUUCCUGAGAUUGUGGUGCUGGUAGGGGUAACAGGCCAGUCGGUGUGGCUCCAGUUGCUCAGGAUCUGCCGGGUGCUGAGGUCACUCAAACUCUUUGCACGAUUCCGUCAAAUUCGAGUCAUUAUUUUGGCCCUGGUCAGGGCCCUCAAGACCAUGACCUUCCUCUUGAUGUUGCUGCUCAUCUUCUUCUACAUUUUUGCUGUGGCUGGUGUCUACUUCUUCGAAGGCUACACCCGUUCAACUCGCCAGGACCUGGAGUACCACAUGUUCUUCUCGGACGUGCUAAAUUCCCUAGUGACAGUGUUCAUUCUCUUCACCUUGGAUCAUUGGUAUGCAUUGCUUCAAGAUGUCUGGAAGGUACCUGAAGUCAGCCGCACCUUCAGUAGCAUCUAUGUCAUCCUUUGGUUGUUACUUGGCUCCAUUAUUUUCCGAAAUAUCAUAGUAGCCAUGAUGGUUACUAACUUCCAGAAUAUCAGGAAUGAGCUGAAUGAGGAGAUGACACAUCUGGAGGUUCAGCACAAAGCCGGCAUAUUCAAGCGGCAGAUUAUCCAGAGGAGACAAAACCUGUCCCCUGAGGCAAUGAAGUCAAGCCAUAGCAAAAUCGAUACCAGAGAAGCUGAUCAAAGAAAGGGCACUUUGGACUCCGAAAAUUCAGGAGAUGAGACGAAACCAAAUGCUGCUAAAGAGAAUUCAGUAACAUCGUCGAUAGCAAAAGAGCCCUUGUCAAAAGCAAAAAAGUCCUCCUCUUCCUCCUCCACAUCCUCCUACUAUUCCUCUGCUUCUGAAUCCAGAGGUCCUGAAGCUAUUGGGCAGUUGGACUGGGAGACUCUCGUGCACCAGAAUCUGCCUGGCCUAAUGGAAAUGGAUCAGGAGGAACGCGUUGUUUGGCCCAGAGAUUCACUCUUCCGAUAUUUUGAGUUGCUGGAAAGGCUUCAGUAUAACCUAGAGGAGCGUAAGCGGUUGCAAGAGUUUGCAGUGCAGGCACUGAUGAACUUUGAAGACAAGUAA